GACGCUUGAGAGCGGUGCACCGCGCCCCGCCGGAAGUACUCCCAUGGGCGGAAGCUUCUGAAGGCGAUAUAGCGGAAGUGCCUGCUCUUCCGGCCUCUUUGGUCUCGGCGGCAGAAGCGAGAUGACGAAGGGAACGUCAUCGUUUGGAAAGCGUCGGAAUAAGACGCACACGUUGUGCCGCCGCUGUGGCUCUAAGGCCUACCACCUCCAGAAGUCGACCUGUGGCAAAUGUGGCUACCCGGCCAAGCGAAAGAGAAAGUAUAACUGGAGUGCUAAAGCCAAGAGGCGAAAUACCACCGGGACUGGUCGAAUGAGGCACCUAAAAAUUGUAUACCGCAGAUUCAGGCAUGGAUUCCGUGAAGGAACAACACCUAAACCCAAGAGGGCAGCUGUUGCAGCAUCCAGUUCAUCUUAAGGAUUGCCGUGAUUUUAGUCACGCAAUAAAUGUUCUGGUUUAAAAAAAA